ACAAGCCACAGUUUGUACCCUUAAAUCGAAAAUAUUUCUUCUUUCUUCUUCUUGUCGCCAAGAAUCCCUACCCCAGAGUUGAAUCCUUAAGUUUGUCUCUGCUCAAAGCUCUAGUAGUAUUAGAGGAUUCCAAUUCCGGGUUUUGCAUAUCCAAUUUUUGAGGGGUUUGUUCGGUUUGGGCGUCCAAUUAGAAAUUUUGGGUUUUGUCUCUUUUUGGGUUUCCAGAAAUUAACAUAUUCGAUCUUGGGUUUUUGUUGUUUGAGAACUUUUGCAUCUGGGUUUUAGGAUUUGACCCUGAAUUUUAGUUUAGGAGGAAAAAAAAUCAUUUUUUUAUGGCAUUUGAAUGCCAAGUAGAAACUGAGAUUUGUAAGGAUUUGACGGAUUUUGUCGAGAGUUCCUGUGAAGAAGAACAAAUUGAAUCAAAUCAGUUGAGUUCCAAUCCCAAAACAGAAGCUCCAAGCUCUUCCGGUUUAAAGCAGUUGCAUUCUAAUGACGUUGUGGCAAGCUUUGGUCGGUCAAUCACUGAUCUCCCACUGGCCUUAAUCUCCGAAAUUUUAAAUUGCCUUGAUCCUAAAGAACUUGGUAUAGUGUCUUGUGUGUCGACAACCCUGUAUAGGAUAGCAUCUGAGCAUCAGGUUUGGAAGGAAUUCUAUUGUGAGAGGUGGGGGCAGCCAUUUGUCCAGGUGCCUUUGGACGCAGGACUGCCUGAUGAGAAGUCAUGGAAAGAACUAUUUGUGGAGAGGGAGUAUAGGAGUAAGACAUUUUUAGGGCGGUAUAGCAUUGAUGUUUUGCAUGGUCAUACUGAAGCUGUUCGCACAGUUUUCUUAUUGGCUUCUGCCAAGCUCAUUUUUACUAGUGGAUAUGACUCAGUUGUGCGAAUGUGGGACUUGGAUGGAUUAUCAAUUGCAUCAUCAAAAACCCUUGGUUGUACUAUUAGAGCAGUGGCAGCAGAUACUAAACUUUUGGUUGUGGGGGGUACCGAUGGCUUUAUCCACUGUUGGAGAGCAGUUGAAGGUCUCCAGCACUUGUUUGACCUUAAGGGUUCUGAGGGUAGGAACUCUGAGUCUCGACUUUGGGAACACGAAGGGCCAAUAACUUCUCUUGCCUUGGAUUUUACCAGGAUUUAUAGUGGUUCAUGGGACAUGACUGUUCGUGUUUGGGAUCGGUCAUCACUGAAGUGCAUACAGGUGUUGAGGAAUGGUGACUGGGUUUGGUCUCUUGUUCCUCAUGGCACUACAGUUGCUAGCUCAUCAGGCUCUGAUGUUUAUCUGUGGGACACAACUAAUGGUACUGUGAUGAAUGUUAUUCGAAAUGCUCAUGUUGGUAAUACUUAUUCUUUAGCUCGGAGCCACACUGGAGAUUUCCUUUUUACUGGAGGUGAGGAUGGGGCAAUACAGAUGUUUGAAAUCAUAAGUGAUGGUGAUGAAACUGAUAUUUUGCAGGUUGCAACAUGGAUUCCCCACACGGGUCCUGUUUAUUCCCUUGCAUUUGAAUUUCCUUGGCUUGUUUCAGCUUCCAGUGAUGGGAAGCUUUCACUAAUUGAUGUUAGAAAGUUGUUGAGAGCUAGCAAGCGCAAUAUUAGGAAGAUGGAAUCAAGGGUUGAGGACUUCAACAAGAAAACUAUUGAGCCACCACAGAGGAUGAUACAUGGGUUUGGCUGCAAUUUGUUCUCUGUUGAUAUUGGUGCUGAUCGAAUUGUAUGUGGAGGAGAGGAAGGUGUUGUCCGGAUUUGGAAUUUCACUCAAGCUUUAGAAAUUGAGAGGAGAGCUCGUGCUCUUAGAGAAAUGCGAUUUGAGAACAGGAUGAGGCGGCGUCAGCUCCAAAGGGAGCUGAAUGGUAAGGGUGGACGGACUGAUCAAUGUUCUGUUGCAGCCAAGAAGAACCCAGUAAAUGGUGAUAGGAAUGGUGUAUGGCAUAGUAAACGUGGGAUGAGCGGGAAACUGCAGGCAUAGAAGCAGGCUGUCGUAUUCUUCUUAUUCUCAAUAAAGUAUUCAUCUUUCAGCAGUUGUAUAACCAGGAUUAUAGCUAAUGUGUUGGAGCUUGAAUGUUAACUGUUGAUCCUUUUCCCUUUUUUUAUCAGUUCUUGGCUUUUUAAAAAUGGCUUUCUGAUUAUGAUUCUUCUUAAGUGUGAUAUAAUGAUUCUUAUAUUUGUAGCUGGGUCUUGUUCAGAUGGUUUCUCUAACAGGGUUAUGUAUGGUGUAUGCUUGACACUAAGAAAUUUCCUUCUACAAU